GUCUGGUUCAAGAAUCGCAGGGCAAAAUGCAGACAACAGCGGCAGCAGCAGAAACAGCAGCAGCAGCCCACGGGGGGACAGGCCAAGGCUCGUCCUGCGAAGAGGAAGGCAGGCACAUCCCCACGGCCCUGCACAGAUGUUUGUACAGAAUCUUUGGGCAUCUCAGAUUCUUACAGCCCAUCUCUGGCUGGCACCUCAGGCUCACCUACCACAGCAGUGGCCACUGCGUCCAUUUGGAGUCCGGCCUCGGAGUCUCCUUUGUCUGAGGCCCAGUGAGCUGGGCUAGUGGCCUCAGGACCCUCUCUCACCUCAGCCCCCUAUGCCAUGACCUAUGCCCCUGCCUCUGCUUUUUGCUCUUCUCCCUCAGCUUAUGCGUCUCCAAGUUCCUAUUUCAGUGGGUUGGAUCCUUACCUGUCUCCCAUGGUGCCCCAGCUGGGAGGUCCAGCUCUCAGCCCCCUCUCAGGCCCCUCCGUGGGGCCAUACCUGGCCCAAUCCCCUACCUCCUUGUCUGGUCAGAGCUACAGUACUUACAGCCCCGUGGACAGCCUGGAAUUCAAGGACCCCACAGGCACCUGGAAAUUCACCUACAAUCCCAUGGACCCUCUGGACUACAAAGAUCAGAGUGCCUGGAAGUUUCAGAUCUUGUAGAAGAGGCUUCCCGUUCCCCCUUCCCAGCUGAAGCACCCUCUUUGCCUACUCCUGCUUAGAUUCUAGAGAGUAGCCCCCAG